AAAUCUCCUUCCAGAAAGGAGAUGAGUCCAGCUCCCGAGCAUGGACAAGUUGGUCCUCAGGGAGAAUAGGAGCACAUGAGUGUGCACACCGAGGCGUCUAGCUUCACACCGCAGCACGAAGUUCCGGAGCCGCAGGUUCCCCAACCGAAUGCCGUACCACAAGCGGUUCCUUAUCUGCAGCCGCAGAUGGCGGCCAACAUGCUCCAGUUCCUCCAGCAGAUAGCCGGGGCGUAUGUACCACCACUGCCACCGCCGCCUCUUGUGGUUGUGGUCACGAUUGAGAAGCUGAAGAAGAACGGAGCCGAGGAGUUCCGUGGCGACCGGAUCGCGGAACCCAUGGUCGCGAAGCGCUGGCUCGAGCGUGUGAGUCGAGUACUUGGGACCUUACGGGUUCCAGCAAAGCAGAGAGGCGACCUAGCUAUCGCCUUGCUUCAGGAUGCCGCCUACGACUGGUGGAAUCGCGCAGGAGCGAACAUCCCGGAGCCGGUGCCGUGGGCGACCUUUGGCGAGCUCUUCUGUGAGGAGUAUGUGCCCGAGCACUUCAUGGAGGGGAAGCAUGACGAGUUCAUGAAGUUCACGCAGGGUGAACUUACGCUGCCAGAGUAUCGCCAGAAGAUCGAUGAGCUGGCCGAGUUUGGUCGGGACUUGGUGCCGACAAUGGAGAAGAGGUGCAAGCGCUUCAGGGAGGGGUUACGCCCUGACUUGUCCUCCGGGUUGGUCUCCGCACCGAGGAAUGACAUCAACGACUUGUACAAGCAGGCGUUGGAGUUACAGACGGACUUACUCAAGAAGGCCGAGUAUGAGCAGUCCCAGACGACGCAUCCUCGACCGCCACCGCCACCCAGAUCCGGCUCGAGCAGCAAGAGGCCUCCUCCCAUACCGAGCAGCUCGCACUCGAGCGAGAAGGUUAGGUCCGCACCAGCCGCGUCGUCAGCACCCACUCAGAAGAGUGGGAAGAGCCAGAGUCAGAGCAGAUAUCGGAACCCGAUCUACAACCUCUGCGGCCGGAGGCACUCCGGCGAGUGCUGGUUCACUCACGGCCUAUGCCUUGGGUGUGGACAGGCCGGGCAUUACCGCAGGAACUGCCCGACGAACCCUGGUGAGGCAUUCCCGACAGCGCCCGCAGCCGCAGCCUCAGCUCCAGCAGCCCAGCCCGCACCGAGUCAGAAGUCGGUAGCGGCGUCCAGUCAACCGAAAAGGCUGGCACAGAGCGCUCAGUUCGGGAAGGCUCCAGCUCGUACUUAUGCGAUGCAUGGAUGCACUGAGCAGCCCGCUCAUGAUGUGAUUAUGGGUAUGUUCACCUUAUUCGAUACAUCCGUAUCUGCUUUGAUUGACCCAGGUUCCACAUUGUCAUAUCUGUGUACAUCUAUGCCUGUAUCGUCUAAUAUUCCGAGAGAGAACCUGGAGAAUCCGGUGAUUGUGUCCAAUCCGUUGGGACAUAGUCUAUGUCUCAAAUAUAUCUAUCCUGACUGUCCGCUAGUUGUGCAAGGGAAGAGCUUCCCUGAAAAUCUGAUAGAGCUCCCACAUCAAGAAUUCGAUGUUAUCCUAGGCAUGGAUUGGCUCACAGCCAAUCAAGCUGUUGUUGAUUGUGGCGCACAUACGGUACGGCUAAAAGCCGAAGAUGGUAAUGACGUUCUGAUCCGUGGCGAGCUUUUCCCGAAGGCUCCCAAAUUUAUCUCAUAUAUGCAAGCUCGUCGCCUCAUACGCAAGAAAUGCGAGGCCUUUCUAUGCACUGUCCGCGACACGCAGCUAGAGGCACCCGGACGGGAGGAAAUCCCUAUGGUGUGCGAGUUCUCAGACGUAUUUCCAGACGAGCUGCCAGAACUACCACCCCCGAGGGAGCCUACAUUGUUGCAUGAGAUUGUGACGGCACAGAGCAUCGACGAUUUCUGCAGACAGACCUGUGAGCUCGCCUCUUGGGGCGAGAAACCCGACUUCUCUGUCCAAACGCCAACGAAUCUUGAUUCGGACCCGUUCGGGGAAGAAAGCGCGUACCGAUCAGGUGGGCUAGAGGAUCAUGGAGCCUGACCCGGAUGACUGGGUGAUAGGAGCUGCAGAUGAACGACAGUGCGGGCCAGAUGAAUUACAUAUUUAAUUUAUGAAAACGUUUUGGGCAUGAACCCACCUUUUGUCGCAUUUACGUUAUUUAUGACCUAACAGUUUUAUUUACAUUUACUUCCGCUAUAAACAUCUCUUAAGUGAAUCCAUCCUCAUCAUUUAAUAAAGCAGGCCAAGGGUU